AUGUCACACUGGAACCGUAAGAGUACCAACAUAAACCUAAGCUGUUGGGGCCCCACUACCCUCUUGCCUCCAUACCUCACACUUGAGUUUACGGCCGGGAUGGCCAUAUCCUCACCAUCUUCCAGCCCCUCCUCCUCCAUGUCAGGAAUAUCAUCUAAAUCCAGUGUUUCUCCCACUGUAGCACCCGCCUCCGAAACAAUCAACACAUCUGCCAUUGUGCUUGCCAGUCCAUUACCAUCCAAGUCUGGGACAUCAUUGAUCUCACCUGGGUUUGCAGCAGAGUCCACCGUGGCAAUUCACCCUGCAUGCAUUUCUAUCCACUCAUUGGUUGUGCCCAAAGAAUCUGUGAAGGAGAGAGUUUUGACUGUAUGGGAGGUUGGGACGGAGGACAGGGAUGAUGAGGGAUGGACAUGGCUGACACUUCAAAGGGAGUUAGAGAACAUGCUGGUAGAGAACAGGUUGUAUGAGGUGGAGCGCCCAGUGGCACUCAUGAUGGGCUUACCAACAAAUGGUGUCGCAGCAUUCCAAAUCCCACGGCAACGUACAGCUCAAAUUUUUCUAUGGCAGGUGGAUUCUGGGGUGUACAAUCCUCAAGUGACCCAGACACAAUGCAAGCUGGAGUGUGACCGAGAAUCACAGAAUCACUCGCAGCAGUUCAAUUUCAGUACUAUGUUGUAG